AUAAAUAAAUAAAGAAAUAGUACAUGCAUGCAAUACACAGUUAACAAUAAGUCAAAGUGAUUGUGAGUGCAAUUUGCAGUAUCUUAAGUGUAAAACAUUUCAUUUUUUGUUAAUUUUGUUUGAAACAAAUCAAACAUCAAAAUUUUCUACUUGUAAUUCAUCAAUUUUGACUGAGACUGUAACUGUGCCAUGGCAGAUUUUGAUGCAAUCUAUGAGGAUGACGAUGAUUCCGAUACUAAUCUGGAUGAGGACGAUGCCCCACGUGUUCAGGAACCAAUUGUGAUACGAGGUGCUGGUAAUAUGACUGUAUUUGGUUUAAGUAAUCGUUUUUCAUUGGACUUCCCAUCAGCAUUAAUGUCACGUGUGGCGCCCGAAGAAUUUAAAGCGACAAUAACACGAGUGAACGGUAUCUUAAAACGAACAUUACCGAUCAACGCAAAAUGGUUGUUUUGUGGUUGUAUGUGUUGCUGUUGUACGUUAGGUUGCUCUUUGUGGCCAGUGAUUUGUUUGAGUAAACGUACUCAACGUUCUAUUGAGAAAAUGCUCGAGUGGGAAAACUGUUAUCUGUAUCAUAAAUUAGGUUUACAUUGGCGAUUGGCAAAACGACAGGGUGAAUCAAGUUCGUUACUCGAAUAUGUUCUAUUAAUUGAAUUUGUACCCAAAAUACCAAUCUAUCGACCUGAUUAAUUACCUGAUUCAUAUUUAUCAAAACACACACAAGUGUAACAAAUUCCCUGUGCUAUUUCUAUCUUUGUCUUUCCCAUCCUUCGGUCUUCUAUUAAGAGAUUCAACCAAAUGAUUUUUUCCUCUUAAUCCUUUUUAGGUUGUUCGGUUCGUAAAGUCAUAUCGGAUCCAAAAUAAGAUUUGCGAAACUCCUUAGAACGAAGUUGUUCUUUAACUUGGAGGGAAGAGUUCAUAAUUCUUCUAAAUUAAAAAAUUCCCAAUCUUUUUGGAUCCGAAAGAUUUUGAACUAAAUUGAAUUGUGUAUAUAUUCGUCGCUAAGCAAAUACUUUAUGAUUAAAAACAAAAAAACUGCCUUCUCUUGAAAAUACAACACACACAAAGUGUUUGCAUCAUCCGCCAUCAUGCGCCAUUUGCCUGUGCCCGCCAUUUUGAUACGCUCUGUGAUUAUUAUUUAAUUUUGGUAGCUGUAGAUUUAAUUCACAGCCAUCAAACUCGCUCUAGCCUAUAUAAUUAAUUGAUCCAUUCAUCAUUAUUUUUAUUUUUAAUGUUAUGUAAUCAAUGUUAUGUAAUCACAAACACACACACACACACAUACAUAUAUAUGUGCACGAACAAUCGAACACGAAAAACGUAUAAUUUCUUCCUCAAUUAUAAACUUGUAUAUAAUAAAAUUCCAGGAGGUUAUCGAUACGUUGUGUUUCGCUGUCGUGUAAACAAACUCAACCCAGUGGCGUGCAAAACAAAUCAUUUUUAAAUUUUAAGAAUGUAUACAAAAUUUUAUGAAUCGAAUCAAAUUUAUUACAUCUUACAAGACAAAUACUGAUUGAAUUGAACUGCUCUCAAAAUAAAUAAAAUAUGACAAAGUUUAUAUAUUCUAUUGCGCAUGUGCAAUUAUUAAA